ACAGGUCGCGAGCACGAGUGGGGUGGGGCGUGCCCGCGGGCCCCCGCCCCUCUCGGCCCCGUGGUCCCCUGUCCCGCAGCCCCCGCGCGCCGCACACCUGCCCCGAGCUUUCUGCGACCACCCGGGCCUCCUAGGACGCCGUGGAGAGGGGCCAGGGACCCAGGCAGCCCCUGGAGCGGCAGCCGUCGGGAGAGACCGGCCGAGGCUGGGAGAUCCGCCCCACGGAGGCCGGGCCCGGGUCUGGUCGCAGCCGGGAAGGCAGGGGCUGCUGAGCCCGCAGAGGGCAGGGCUGGGCCCGGGCCUCCUGGGUGACAGACGCUGCGCGGCAGCGGCAGAAAACAAGAGGCCAAGCGGAGAGGAGGCCAGACCCAGAACGGAGACAGCGGCCUCACCUGACAGAGGGGACCUGGGAAUCUGGAGCCGCUUUCCCCAUCCUAGGAGAGAUCUGCUCCCCAGCAGCCGCCUGCUCUAGACACCUCUGCCCGGAAGGGGUCCUGGGAGCCCGGCUGCACACUCUCAGUCCCCUGCAGCCAGGCCUCUAGGCCUUGAAGAGGACUUCCCAGCCUCCUCUGGGAAGAGUGGACGUUCCCUGCUGUCCCCAGGCCCAGGAGGACCUGGGCCAGCCAGCGUGGGGACCUGGCCCCUGAGACAGCAGCGGCCAUGUCACGGCCAGGCCAGGGCGUGAUGGUGCCAGUGACCGGGCUGGGCUUCCCGCCGCAGAACGUGGCCCGGGUGGUGGUGUGGGAGUGGCUGAACGAGCACAGCCGCUGGCGGCCCUACACGGCCACCGUGUGCCACCACAUCGAGAGCGUGCUCAAGGAGGACGCCCGGGGGUCUGUGGUCCUGGGGCAGGUGGACGCCCAGCUGGUGCCCUACAUCAUUGACCUGCAGUCCAUGCACCAGUUCCGCCAGGACACAGGCACCAUGCGGCCCGUGAGGCGCAACUUCUACGACCCGUCGUCGGCGCCGGGCAAGGGCAUCGUGUGGGAGUGGGAGAACGACGGCGGCGCGUGGACGGCCUACGACAUGGACAUCUGCAUCACCAUCCAGAACGCCUACGAGAAGCAGCAUCCGUGGCUCGACCUCUCGUCGCUGGGCUUCUGCUACCUCAUCUACUUCAACAGCAUGUCGCAGAUGAACCGCCAGACGCGGCGCCGCCGCCGCCUGCGCCGCCGCCUGGACCUGGCCUACCCGCUCACCGUGGGCUCCAUCCCCAAGUCGCAGUCCUGGCCCGUGGGCGCCAGCUCGGGCCAGCCCUGCUCGUGCCAGCAGUGCGUGCUGGUCAACAGCACGCGCGCCGCCUCCAACGCCAUCCUGGCCUCGCAGCGCCGCAAGGCGCACCCACCCCGGGGCAGAACAACCUCAACCGGCCGGGGCCCCAGCGCACAGCCGCCAGCGUGGGCGCGCGCGCCUCCAUCCCACCCGGGGUCCCUGCGCUCCCAGUGAAGAACUUGAAUGGUACCGGCCCGGUCCACCCAGCCCUGGCAGGGAUGACCGGGAUCCUACUGUGCGCGGCCGGGCUGCCAGUGUGCCUGACGCGCGCCCCGAAGCCCAUCCUGCACCCGCCACCCGUGAGCAAAAGCGACGUCAAGCCGGUGCCCGGCGUGCCUGGCGUGUGCCGCAAGACUAAGAAAAAGCACCUCAAGAAGAGUAAGAAUCCCGAGGAUGUGGUUCGAAGGUACAUGCAGAAGGUGAAAAACCCCCCUGACGAGGACUGCACCAUCUGUAUGGAGCGGCUGGUCACAGCAUCGGGCUACGAGGGUGUGCUUCGCCACAAGGGCGUACGGCCCGAGCUGGUGGGGCGCCUGGGCCGCUGCGGCCACAUGUACCACCUGCUGUGCCUCGUGGCCAUGUACUCCAACGGCAACAAGGACGGCAGCCUGCAGUGCCCCACCUGCAAAGCUAUCUAUGGGGAGAAGACAGGGACACAGCCGCCCGGGAAGAUGGAGUUCCACCUCAUCCCCCACUCCCUGCCGGGCUUCUCGGACACCCAGACCAUCCGCAUCGUCUACGACAUCCCCACGGGCAUCCAGGGGCCUGAGCACCCCAAUCCUGGGAAGAAGUUCACGGCCAGAGGCUUCCCGCGCCACUGCUAUCUGCCCAACAAUGAGAAGGGCCGGAAGGUGCUUCGGCUGCUCAUCACGGCCUGGGAGCGGAGGCUCAUCUUCACCAUCGGCACGUCCAACACCACGGGCGAGUCGGACACCGUGGUGUGGAACGAGAUUCACCACAAGACCGAGUUCGGAUCCAACCUCACGGGCCAUGGCUACCCGGACGCCAGCUACCUAGACAACGUGCUGGCCGAGCUCACGGCCCAGGGUGUGUCCGAGGCUGUGGCCAAGGCCUGAGGCCCGAGUCUGCACACCUGCCCUCCUGCUUUGCCCCUGGUCCGGCACACGCCUCCCUCUACCGGGUGUGACCUGGUGGCCCCAGUUCAGGGCUGGGGAGGAGCCUGCACAAGGAGCCGGGAGCGUCCCGGGGAUUUGCUUGGUGGCAGUUGGGAUACGGGAGGCUGCCAGGCCUGUUGGCUGUGACCCGUAGCUCCCUGAGAGGGCCGCAGAGAGAAGACCGGAAACCACAGCAGCGACCUCCCUACACAAGACAGCGACCCACCCCUCACACACAAACACGCGUCCUGGUGAACACAUGCACGCACACCCACGUGCCUCCACACUCCCCCACCGGCCGGGGGAGAAGAGAAAGAGACCCCAUCUGUGUCCCCACCACCUCUGUACAGGUUUGUCCGCACCUGGGACUCAGGGUGAGCACUGAGGGCCUCCAAGGCUCUGGGGGAUAGAGAACUUGGGGAGUGUGGUCUCCCCAUACUCACCCCCUGCUUCAUCUCUGCCCCCGUGGGGGAAGCCCCCAGACCACUGCAGUUUUACCCAGGGUGGGCCAGCGCGCACAGGGAUGCAAGGCGUCUUAUUUUGCGCUGUCUGUCUCUUCAUCCUUUGGGGACCCUGGCUUCCUCCUCCCGCCCCCUCUCCAGGCCUUAUGUCUAUCCCACACGAAGGCACUCUUCUUCUGCCCCCUUCCCAUCCUCUCCACCAGGUCCUCCCAACUUUGAGAUCCAAAGGCUGUCGCUUCUGCUUUCAGGAGCAAGAAGAGGAGGCCUAGGUCAGGCCGGCUUGUUGAAAGGGAGAGAGGACAGCAAAGAGUUAAUUCCCCUCUCCUGGGGAGUGGGCAGUAGGGUGGCGAAUUGUCUCUAGCCAACCAGGGGCCUGUUGCCCAGGCAACUCACCAGCUCCGCCUCUGUCGAUUGGCUGUCCCAGUGGAAGUCAGCCAAGAUUUAAAGGGAUGCCAGCGAUUGCGCUUUUGAAAAACCGUACCAGUCCCACUGUGGGUGGAGAAAUAAAUGGUCUUUCUCCUCCUCA